AUGGCUGUCUUCACUCCAUGGAAGUUAUCCUCUCAGAAGCUGGGCUUUUUCCUUGUGACUUUUGGCUUCAUUUGGGGUAUGAUGCUAUUGCAUUUUACCAUCCAGCAGCGAACUCAGCCUGAAAGCAGCUCCAUGCUGCGCGAGCAGAUCCUGGACCUCAGCAAAAGGUACAUCAAGGCGCUGGCAGAAGAGAACAGGAACGUGGUGGAUGGGCCAUACGCUGGAGUCAUGACGGCUUACGAUCUAAAGAAGACUCUUGCUGUGCUAUUGGAUAACAUUUUGCAGCGCAUUGGCAAGUUAGAGUCAAAGGUGGACAAUCUUGUUAUCAAUGGCACAGGAACAAACUCGACCAACUCCACCACAGCUGUUCCCAGCUUGGUAGCACUUGAGAAGAUUAAUGUGGCAGAUAUCAUUAAUGGAGCUCAAGAAAAAUGCGUAUUGCCUCCUAUGGAUGGCUACCCUCACUGCGAGGGGAAAAUCAAGUGGAUGAAAGACAUGUGGCGUUCAGAUCCCUGCUACGCAGACUACGGAGUGGAUGGGUCCACCUGCUCUUUUUUUAUUUACCUCAGUGAGGUUGAAAAUUGGUGUCCUCAUUUACCUUGGAGAGCAAAAAAUCCCUACGAAGAAGCUGAUCAUAAUUCAUUGGCAGAAAUUCGUACGGAUUUUAAUAUUCUCUACAGUAUGAUGAAAAAGCAUGAAGAGUUCCGGUGGAUGCGACUACGGAUCCGGCGAAUGGCUGAUGCAUGGAUCCAAGCAAUCAAAUCCCUGGCAGAAAAGCAGAAUCUUGAAAAGAGAAAGCGGAAGAAAGUCCUUGUCCACCUGGGACUCCUGACCAAGGAAUCUGGAUUUAAGAUUGCAGAGACAGCCUUCAGUGGUGGCCCUCUUGGUGAAUUAGUUCAGUGGAGUGAUUUAAUUACAUCUCUGUACUUACUGGGCCAUGACAUUAGGAUUUCAGCUUCACUGGCUGAGCUCAAGGAAAUAAUGAAGAAGGUUGUGGGAAACCGAUCUGGCUGCCCAACUGUAGGAGACAGAAUUGUUGAGCUCAUUUAUAUUGACAUUGUAGGACUUGCUCAAUUCAAGAAGACUCUUGGACCAUCCUGGGUUCAUUACCAGUGCAUGCUCCGAGUCCUCGAUUCAUUUGGUACCGAACCAGAAUUUAAUCAUGCUAAUUAUGCCCAGUCUAAAGGCCACAAAACCCCAUGGGGAAAAUGGAAUCUGAACCCUCAGCAGUUUUAUACCAUGUUCCCUCAUACCCCAGAUAACAGCUUUCUGGGGUUUGUGGUCGAGCAGCACCUAAACUCCAGCGACAUCCACCACAUUAACGAAAUCAAAAGGCAGAACCAGUCCCUUGUGUAUGGCAAAGUGGAUAGCUUCUGGAAGAAUAAGAAGCUCUACUUGGACAUUAUUCACACAUACAUGGAAGUUCAUGCGACUGUUUACGGCUCCAGCACGAAGAAUAUUCCCAGUUAUGUGAAAAACCAUGGUAUCCUCAGUGGACGGGACCUGCAGUUUCUUCUCCGAGAAACCAAGUUGUUUGUUGGACUUGGGUUCCCCUAUGAGGGCCCGGCUCCCUUGGAGGCUAUCGCAAAUGGAUGUGCUUUUCUGAAUCCCAAGUUCAACCCACCCAAGAGCAGCAAAAACACAGACUUUUUCAUUGGCAAGCCAACUCUGAGAGAGCUGACAUCCCAGCAUCCUUAUGCUGAAGUUUUCAUUGGUCGGCCCCACGUUUGGACUGUUGACCUCAACAAUCAGGAGGAAGUAGAGGAUGCAGUGAAAGCAAUUUUAAAUCAAAAGAUUGAGCCGUACAUGCCAUAUGAAUUCACAUGUGAAGGGAUGCUGCAGAGAAUCAACGCUUUCAUUGAAAAACAGGACUUCUGCCAUGGGCAAGUGAUGUGGCCGCCCCUCAGUGCCCUGCAGGUAAAGCUUGCAGAACCCGGCCAGUCCUGCAAGCAGGUGUGCCAGGAGAACCAGCUCAUCUGUGAGCCUUCUUUCUUCCAGCACCUCAACAAGGACAAGGACAUGCUGAAGUAUGAGGUGACCUGCCACAGCUCAGAGCUGGCCAAGGACAUCCUGGUGCCCUCCUUUGACCCUAAGAAUAAGCACUGUGUGUUCCAAGGUGACCUCCUGCUCUUCAGCUGUGCGGGCGCCCACCCCAGGCACCAGAGGAUCUGCCCCUGCCGGGACUUCAUCAAGGGCCAGGUGGCCCUCUGCAAAGACUGCCUAUAGCAGCCACCUUCCCAGCCCCACAGUCAUUGUGGUGGGGAGGUUGGCGGCUCCAGUCCCAUCGGGCAGGGCUGGGAGCAGAAGUCA